CUCCGCCCGGGCGCAGUGCUGCUGGUUCACCACUCACAGUAGCCGGCCUAGCCUGCACCAGACUUUACAAAGAAGAUCCUCGGUCCAGAUUCGCGACGGGUGACGUUUGUGACAUACAUUAUAUAGCCUGGCCGCCCAAUAUUCUCCGCACGCAUACAUCAUCGCAGCCCUCACUUUCUGCACUUUGAACAUAUUCGCAAUUGCAUACCACACAGAAUUCACAUAGAGAUACUACCGCAAUGGCAGCCAGCGCCGACUCUAUCCUCCGCGAGGUCAACAUCCUCGGCGAGCUGAACGACUCUAAUCGUCACAUCCUCAGCAAAGACGCUGCUGUUUUCCUUGCUCUUCUCCACCGCACAUUUAACAACCGCCGAAAGGAACUUCUCCAGAGGAGAGUGCUCCGCCAGGCUGAGCUCGACAAGGGCAACCUCCUCGAUUUCCUCCCUGAGACCAAGCACAUCCGCGACGAUCCCACAUGGAAGGGAGCACCACCAGCUCCCGGUCUUGUCGACCGCCGAGUCGAGAUCACAGGACCGACAGAUCGCAAGAUGGUCGUGAAUGCACUAAACUCUGACGUCUGGACAUAUAUGGCUGAUUUCGAGGAUUCCAGCGCGCCAACAUGGGACAACAUGAUCAACGGCCAGGCCAACCUGUACGAUGCUAUUCGCCGACAGGUCGAUUUCAAGCAGGGCGAGAAGGAGUACAAGCUCCGCACCGACCGCACACUCCCCACACUCAUCGCCCGUGCUCGUGGGUGGCACCUCGAGGAGAAGCACUUCACUGUUGAUGGCGAGCCUAUCUCUGGUGGUCUCUUCGACUUCGGUCUGUACUUCUUCAACAACGCACACGAGCUCGUCAAGCGCGGAUUCGGCCCAUACUUCUACCUCCCCAAGAUGGAGUCGCAUCUCGAGGCUAGGCUUUGGAACGACGUCUUCAACCUUGGUCAAGACUACAUUGGCAUGCGCCGUGGAACCAUCCGUGGUACCGUUCUGAUUGAGACCAUUCCUGCUGCCUUCGAGAUGGACGAGAUUAUCUACGAGCUCCGUGACCACUCCUCCGGCCUGAACUGCGGUCGCUGGGACUACAUCUUCAAUACCAUCAAGCGUUUCCGCCAGAACCCCAACUUUAUCCUACCCGACCGUGAUGCCGUCACAAUGACCUCCCCCUUCAUGGACGCUUAUGUCAAGCUCCUCAUCAAGACCUGCCACGCACGUGGUGUUCACGCCAUGGGUGGUAUGGCUGCCCAGAUCCCCAUCAAGAACGACAAGAAGGCCAAUGAUGCCGCCAUGGCCAAGGUCAAGGCCGACAAGCUCCGCGAGGUCCGCGCCGGUCACGACGGUACCUGGGUCGCUCACCCCGCUCUUGCCAAGAUUGCCUCGGACAUCUUCAACGAGAACAUGCCCACACCCAACCAGAUGCACGUCCGCCGCGAGGACGUCAACAUCUCCGCCAACGACCUGCUGAACAUGAAUGUGCCUGGCAAGAUCACCGAGGCUGGUAUCCGCCAGAACCUCGACAUCGGUCUCAGCUACAUGGAGGCCUGGAUUCGCGGUGUUGGCUGUGUGCCUAUCAACUACCUCAUGGAGGACGCUGCUACCGCCGAGGUUUCGAGAUCCCAGCUCUGGCAAUGGACAAGGCACGGUGUCAAGACCGCUGAGGGCCAGACUGUUACCAAGCAGUACGCACUCAAGUUGCUCAAAGAGCAGACUGAUAAGUUGAAUGAGAAAGCGCCUAAGGGCAACAAGUUUCACCUUGCGGCCAAGUACUUCGAGGGUCAGGUCACUGGCGAAGACUAUGCCGAGUUCCUUACAUCGUUAUUGUACAACGAGAUCACAAACGUAGGUGCCACCAGGCCUGCCUCCAAGUUGUAGACUCGCGCCUGUUUCCUUGCCGCGAUGAAUCUUCUUGUAGUUACCAUACCCACCAUAUCAAGGUCCAAUGAAGGCCUGUAAGCAGAAUGCAAAAGCAAAGCUUGAUUACUUGGUUUCAUGUUUGCGCGCUCGUUCCUCGCUUACAUCUGUUUGGGACAUUUGAUACGUUCGUGGAGCCUAACAUGUUAACUUCUUUAGCCUAUCG